AUGGCACACCAGCAACUUUGUUCGCAGUCCGCCAUAGCAGGUACUGAAGAGCAUGAUCGGAAGGAGACUGAUGAACUCAUUGCUUCACUUCCCCAAAGGAAAGGCGCGCCCAAAUCAGGGACCACCUGGCUAAAGGCCCUAGUGUUCUCCGUCGUUAACCGCUCCCGCUUCGGCAUCUCCAACACGCCCUUGCUCACUUCGAACCCCCAUGAACUCGUUCCAUUCUUCGAGUUCCAGCUGUACGGAAGUAAACUGAGGCCCAACCUUGCUGGCCUGGCAGAGCCGAGGCUCUUCGCAACGCACAUCCCUUACCCAUCCUUGCCGGAGUGCAUCAAGCAGUCUGACUGCCGAAUCAUUUACAUUUGCCGGAACCCGUUGGACACCGUGGUUUCCUCUUGGCAUUUCUUCCUUGAGAAGGCGCAAUUAGAAGACCAGCCAGAGUGGUCAUUGGAAGAGCAUUUCGAGACCUAUUGCCAAGGGACAAUCUCGUUCGGGCUCUUUUGGGAUCACAUCAUGGGGUAUUGGAAGAUGAGCUUGGAGUGGCCAUCCAAGGUGUUGUUCCUCAAGUAUGAGGACCUAAAGGAGGAUACUAUAGUACACCUGAAGAGGGUGGCCGAGUUUGUGGGUCUUCCCUUUACUGAGGAGGAAGAGGAGGCAGGUGUGAUUGAAGAGAUAGCCAAAAUGUGUAGCUUGAAGACCCUAAAGGACCUAGAGGUCAACAAAUCCGACAAAGUAGCCUUGACGAUCGAGUUCGAGAAGAGAAGCUUUUUUAGGAAAGGGGAGGUGGGUGAUUGGGUUAACCAUCUCACUCCUUCCAUGGUGGAUCGCCCCAAUAGCAUCAUCCAAGAAAAGAUGAACCCCUUUGGGUUGGAAUUCAAAACGUGUUGAGCGUUAAAUACUUUCACUUUCUCUACUUGUGUCACUAGAAAUAAGUGAAAUUAAUAAUGGAUCUGCAAUCUUCCUUAUUGGUGUAGUAUAGAGAACUCAAGAAUCCUUGACUUCUCUGUCGCAAGAGACGAAACAAGUAUUUGAAGCU